CGCGCCAAGAGUGUCCACUUCAACCCUAGCUCCACCUGCAUCUCCCCUCCCGCCCGCCUCCCUCCGUCCACUCGGAUCCGGAAAACCCUAACCCUAGACGUCGCCCGGCCGCCGCCAUGGACCCCGACGGCGACCCGGCCUUCCACCGCAACGAGGCCAUCUCCGCGGUCCAGGAUGUCGACCAGUACUAUGGCGACGACGACGACUUCGACGACCUCUACAACGACGUCAACGUCGGGGACGGCUUCCUCCACGCCUCCCACCAGGCGCCGCCGCCGCUGCCGCCGCCACCUCCGACUCAGCAGGCCCCACCGCCGCAGAAGCACCAGCUCCCUCCGCCGUCCCAGCAGCUGCCGCCGCCCCAGCAGCAUCCACCUGCCCACGUCCUCCCGCCACCGCCGCCGCAGGCCCCACCGCCGCAGCAGCAGGUAAGCAUCCCGGGGGUGGCCGUCCCUGCUCCUGGCAGACCUCCCGCCCAGACCAACCUCCCUCCGCCUCCUCAGCCACCGGCCGCUCCCGCGCCGCCGCCGCCGCCUCAGCACCACCAUAUUCAGCAAGACGGGAUCAACCGCCCUGGAGGGAACAUCGCCGGUGGCCCCAUCGUGGUCGGGAACGGUGGCCCUGCUGGCGGGGGUGACGGCCCUGGCGGCACGACGCUGUUCGUGGGGGAACUCCACUGGUGGACAACGGACGCGGAUCUGGAAUCUGAGCUCAGCAAGUAUGGGCCGGUCAAGGAGGCAGCCAUUCCCGCCAGUUGUUGCUCCACAUGUUAACCCAGCUUUCUUUGGUCGUGGCGGAAUGGGUGCCGGUGGAAUGUGGCCUGAUCCCAACAUGGGAGCCUGGGGUGGGGAGGAACAAUCGAGUUACGGUGAUGACGCAGCUUCUGAUCAGCAGUAUGGUGAAGGAGGGAGCCAUGGGAAAGAGAGGCCACCAGAGAGGGAGUGGUCUGGUGCACCAGAGAGGAGGCGUGAAAGGGAGAAGGAUGCGCCCCCUGCACAGGAGUGGCCAGAGAGGAGGCAACGUGAUGAGCGUGACAUGGACCGUGAGAGGAAUCGUGACUAUGACAGAGACAGGGAAAAAGACCGUGACAGGGAAAGAGACCGAGACCGAGAUAGGGAGAGGGACAGAGAUAGGGAGAGGGAGAGGGAGAGGGAGAGGGAGAGGGAGAGGCAUAGGGAUGACAGAGAUCGCUAUGGCGAUUAUCACAGGCACAGGGAUCGCGAUUCGGAACGUAAUGAAGACUGGGACAGGGGUAGAUCAUCUGGGAUACGCGGCAGGUCAAGGGAGGCUGACCACUCUAAGCGCAGGCGGAUGACACCUCAGUAGUCGUAGCUGGGUGAGCUACUAAUGUAGAGGCAAACGAUGAUCCAGAGCCGAGUCUUGCUUGCACACUGGCAUGGUUAACAGCUAGCAUCUUCUUGCUGCCUCUGGCUGUGGUGGUUCUAAUAUCUUGUGUCUCCGGCAAUGUGUUGUAGCAAGAACGAGAGAUGAAUGUCUGGUUGGGACCUGUUGAGCUGUGCGAAGAUGGACUUCCCUGGAUGAUAGUUGCUGCCUCUUAUUGUACGCCAUGUUAAAUGUCUGAGUUUUCACAAAGACAAAAAAAGAUCUCUGUUUUGUGUGUAAUUCAGGACCGAUGCUGUUGCUGUUGAAAACUGUACUAUUUCUGCUGUAAUCUUAUGAUAAACCAGUCUGUAUUAUGACACUGUCCUUUUGUUCAUCCUUUCUCCUUUGUUCCUGGUUGAAGUUGUCUCAUGUUUUGAUGGCUGCAGCGCUAGUUGUGUUGCCAGUUGGAAUAUUCAGAACGCGAGACCUCUAAAUAUACUGGCUUGUUUCUUUG